GGUAAUGGUAACCGAAGACGUUGGGCAUACAGACAGGAACCACUGCAGGUGACCCACAUUGCUUGUCCUCAGUACAAUUCGAACCACACUAUUCGUCGACAAAAUUUUUCAAUCAAUGGCAGGGAAACUGGCCAUAAACGAAGGCGUGGACGCCGUAGUAGAAACCAUACGGAGGUCCACGAUGUCGUAAUGGGCGACGAAUUCGCAGUCGUUGAAGAGAGAAAUCCAUUAGAUGAAACAUGCCCAUAUUUCCCUGGUUUCGUUUUUGAUCCGACUACUAGGAAGCACUUCAGAAUAGCACCUGACCACAGCGGGAUCAACAACUACACGCCAAAAGGUAUCGCUAGAAGUCGACGAGAAAGGGAGCGAUGCGAACAGUUAGCCUUAGGUCGUUCUCAGGAGAGCAUUUCCGGUCGUAUGCGGUCAACUAUUCCAACAAUAACCGCAGUAUCAGAUCGUUCUCUGGGUGUUCGUAGAUUCAAUCAUGUAAUAAGGAAUGUGUAUGAAAGCCGUUUGCUAAGGAUUGGUUCUACUCCAAAUGCCGUUCAGGAGACCCCUUUGGGUUCAUCAGGCGAGCAUGUUAAAGGAUGUCAGUUCCUGGAACUUGUGGGAGGCUGCGACGAUUCGAAAGUGAUGGGUUGCUGGGCUAUUGGAGAUGGUUCAAGAAAUAGCAGAAAAGCGGCAAAGUUUGCUUGCUUGAGAACACACUUCAACGACAAUUUGGCAAGAAAAGCUGCCGAGAGCGUAGAUGAUUUCAAAUUGCGUAAUACAUUUGGUACAUCAUGUAAUACAUUAGGCCUGGAAUUUGUAUUGGAUGGUGAAACCGUAGAUGUAGCCCAGCCAGUUCUCGUAGACAUGGCAAUGGCUCCAGUUGAUUCUGAUGUGACUUGUGUUUUAUAUGUCACUGCAGAAUCCAGAGUAACAGGACAAGGAAUAUCGUCUGUGUGUAACGUAGUUUUACAACCAAUGUCUGCGCUGUGCUCGGAUGAUGAUGAUUUUGAAGUUCGAAAUUCUCCCAUCUACAAUAUUCAGUGGUCUGUUGAGUCGUCGGCUAUCUACAGUUGUGCAUGGAAUUCUUACAAGACACGCAUAGCUUUGGGUAUGGAAGAGUCUGCCAAAAUUACGGAUGUGAUCACUGAGAAAUCGUUUACGAUAUCAAGCCGUCGCCGAAAUGUGAUCAGCCAACAUUUUGCCCCAGAUGGUAAUUUGAUAUACAUGGGCUUAAGAGAUAGCGAUGUCAUCCUCUCCGAUCUUAGAAUGAAAAGUCAUCAUGUGACGGGAUCACUCAAAGGUUCUCGUUCAAGUGGAUGGAUUCGCCAACUACGUUUGUCAUACCCGCAAUGCGUACUCAUAGAAAAUUUUCGAGGAGAGUUGAAAUUGUACGAUCAACGGCGAACGGACAGAGAGCUGAUGUCGUUCAAAGGCCACAGGAACACUCACUUUCGCCUUCCAUGCGCCGUCGAUUGCCAGGAGAAUUUUGUCUUCGCAGUUGGUAGCGACGGUUGCACACGCGGUUGGUCACUGGCAUCUGGAGAUUUGCUGUGUGCUGUACCAUGUCCCCGACCUGUUGACGAUCGGACUGACUUCCCACGAGUUGUCUACUCUUCUGCUUGGGGUGGACGAGCUGGCAGUUCAGCUUUAGUGCUGGCCGUCGGCGACUCCCUACGUAUACAUCAUCUCGAACUUUGA